GAUCCAAAUUUCUUGAAAAUUAGUAUGGCCUGUGGUCGGAUUGAGCAGUGGUGUACAGAUAAUCUCCCAGAUUUGAAUGAUUACAACUCCAAAUUCUCAUUUGUAGGAUUAUUAAGUCAAGAAAAUGACAUGUCGCUAUUUGUCGGAUUUUUCCUUUUGACAUUUAUUGCAUAUUUACUAUAUUAUUUCAAUUGGGAACAUUUGCAUAUGACGGGUUAG